UCGGUGUGUUUAUAUAACAGAAGUCGGUUAUACGGACGGAGUGCUAUACUUUCAAUUGACACCUAUUACAGAUUUACUACAAUGAUAUACUCGUGCUGUGCAUGAUGUCAUAGAACACAGCGUCAAGUUUCUACCGUGUUCUAAUUAAAAAGACCACGCUUCGGUUGUUGUGAAGACAGUGAAACAACGAAUGCUGAGGUCUUCUGUUCUUUUACAUGAAUGCUGAGGUCCUGGGGAGCUGGAUUAGUACUGCUGGAGGAGCUCUCUUCGCUCACCGCGUGGUCAUAUCCUACAAGCAGAGUAGCAAGGCCAAUCGGAGUGCAGUGAGAAGGAGAACCAAGGUGACAAGAUAAGCAAGAGGGACUGCUAAAAGGAUGGACACGUCUUUUGAAAGCUGCAAGCUGCGGGAUGAGCAACACUACAAGAAUUUGGAUGAUGAAAAUCAGUAUUUCUUGGUGCUUAUAUUGGGCGAUUUCCAAGAUGCGACGAUAAUCCCAAAAGAUGUUGUGCCGCAUUUCAAAGGAGAGAUCCCAGGAGAGAUCAAGCUAGAAACUCGAAAUGGUUACACUCACACUAUUGUGGUUGCCAAGAACCAAGAAAAGCAUGUCCUUACAGUGGGUUGGCGGCAAUUUGUUGAAAGUUAUGAUCUACAGGAGGAUGAUUCCUUAAUAUUCAGAUACAAAGGGAACUCUCAGUUUAGUGUAAUGAUCUUUGAUAAGCUUGGUCCUGAAAAAGCAUUUUCAGUUGUUCUGGAUCCUUUUUUGCCUCAGGUCCAAGACAGGUGUAACGAGGCACAUGAAAUCGGGCAUUCUCAAAAGAUGGAAGUGCCUCCGAAAAGAAGAAAAAGCCGGAUUGAAUAUCACUACGCAAACUUGGAUGAUGAGAAGAAAUUUUUCUUGGUGCUUAUGAUGGACAAUUUUCAACAUGAGAUGAUCAUCCCAGAAGGAUUUGUUCAGUGUUUCAAGGGCGAAUUCCCAAGAGAGAUGAUACUUGAAACACAAAAUCGUUGCAUUUAUGAAAUUGGAGUUGCCAAGAACAAUGAAAAGCUUGUCCUUACAGUGGGAUGGGGGAAAUUCGUCGACACCUUUGGUCUAGAGAUGGGUGACGCCAUAGUAUUCAGAUACAAUGGGAACUCUCAGUUUAAUGUCAUAAUGUUUGACGAACUUGGUUGUGAGAAGGCAUCAUCAGUUUUUCUGGAUCCUUUUCCGCCUCCUGUGCAAAAAAGGUGCACAAGUGCUACUGAUACUGUGAAAAGUUAUAAUUUUCAUCCUCAGCCCAUACAAAUGGUACUGCCAGAGUCACCACCAACGAAAAGGGGUGCCAUACAAACGCAGUCAUUUAGCACAAUGAAAGGCAUGCCAAUGGAGUCACCACGCCUCCAAAUGGAAAGGGACAAGUCAUGUCAAGACAACGACACUGUGAUAAAAGAUGAUGUCCCCUCUGAAGAAGUACGUGAAGUGACUGGUUCCGAUUGCAUCGUCUGGAAGAAGGUACGAUCUUCAUUUCAGAAGGAGCAGUUGAAGGGUCGUUAUAUUACCACCCACAAGAGUAGGCUAACUUCACCUCAGAAGGAAGUGGUGAAGCAGAAGGUCCAAUCCAUACAACCAGAGAUCCCAUUCUUUGUUGCCGUGAUGCGCAAGUGCAACGUUGUUUUAGGAUUCUUUCUGGUUUUCCCAAAACGCUAUGCUAAGGCAUAUCUUAAAGAGAAGCGACACUUGUCUCUUCAGGUGAUGGGCAAGGAGUGGCCGGUGUGGUUUCGUGAAAACAGUUGCGAUAAAAGGCUCGGAAAUGGGUGGAAACGGUUUGUAGAAGACAACAAGCUGAAGAUGGGUGAUAUGUGCCUCUUUCAACUGUUGAGAGAUGAGAGAACCAUGGAGGUACAUAUCAUCCCCGCCGCAAACGAUGCCACUUACCGGGCAGGUCUCCAAAAUGGUGCUGACCGGGAAGCGGCGUUCCGGGGAGGGGCUCCUACUCAUCAUACGGAUGGAGCGCGUGAUCCUGACACAAGGUUGCUUCGCAUCACUAAAACUGAAGCUGUGGAAGAUGAUGUUUGUUGCCCUUGAUGGCGCCUGAUCGCCCAAGGAAAAAUAUGGCGUGGUGUCUAAACCGAGCAUGCAUAGUGCUGUUUUUGCGCUCUGGGGUUAAACGAGCGAUCCUAUGUGUCGAUCAUAAGGCCUGGGUUACAUUGUAUGGUAGAAACUUGAAACUGUUGUGGUGCUCGAUCUACCUCUGUAUUUUGUUUGUUAUCUUCGCAGGCCAAGGCCUGGAACUCCUCUGUUUGUAGUUUUAGCUGCCUUUUGGUUUCCUGUUGCACCUCUGGAUGCUGCUUUUGUGAUCGCGGUUUAUUUCGUUACGUGGUGAUGAUA